AUGACGACGCCAUUCACAACAUCCCGCGUCCCCCUCCUCCCCCUCCUCCUCGUCUUCCUGCUUCAUGCCGUCCUCCUCUCCCACCAUCUCGUUUCGGCCGCUAUCGCCAUAGACGGCCAUCGCACAAUAAUCGGCGACGCAAUCGUCGUAGAAAGUUCGCACAGGCGACGGUUAAAGGGCCCGCUGGUGUCGCACGGUCCGUUCCACCGGCGGCUUUGGAACCCGUUCGGCGGGUCCAAGAAGCCCAAGAAGCCGCCGCCUAAGACCGGCGGCGCGGGCAAGCAGUCGGCCGCCGUGGCGUGCGAGGGCGUGCAGUGCCCGCAAGGCGCGGCGUGCGUCGUGGACGGCAAUGGCUUCCCCUUCUGCAAGUGCGACGGGAAUCUCGCGCUGAUCAACGGCUCGUGUGUGACAGCCGUGGACGGGCAGGUGGUGGCGACGAGCGUGCUGCUAUUUUCCUCCGCCGCUUUCUCCCCCGCGCCGCCCGCUGUGCUGCGCGGCGCCAUCCCGAACCGCACAUGCGUGAACCUGCCCGCGUCGCACGCGGGCGCCAUCGGGUCGCUGCGCAUCCUGUGGAGCGUGAAGGACGGCAGCAGCGGCGCGAGUCGCGUGAUGUGCGGGAAGGUGUUUUUCUGGGACCAACCAAAUUGCUGCUGCUCAGGGUCGGGCUGGGAGGUGCCGGGCGGGUGGAAGGCCGCUAAUGCCGCCAAGACCAACUACGCGCCCACCAGCAUUCAAGUGACGGGCGGGGUGGUGGCGGGAGCCAAGUCCAUGUCGUGCCAGGCCUUUGCCGACCCUGCUAGCACCACGGAGCCCGGCACAGGCGUGCCCACUGGUAACACCAGCAGCUCCGGCAGCACUGGAAGCACUGGUACCACGGGCGGCAGCACGGGCGGCAGUACGGGCGGUGGUAGCGGGGCGUGUAAGGAGACGGUGUGUCCGGCCAACUCGGUGUGUGUGGCGCAGGGCACUGGCGCCACGUGUAACUGCGUGGUUGGCUACGCCAAGGUCAAUGGGCAGUGCGAGGCGAUGGACAUUUGUUCAAUCGUCUCCUGCCCUGCCAACUGCACGUGCUCAUCUUCUGCUGGCAUUGCCAAGUGCUCCUGCCCAGACCGCUGCUACGGGGUCAAGUGUCCGGACGUGUCCACGUGUGUGGUGCAGAGCGGUACGCCCGUGUGCAAGUGCCCCGCGCCCUACGCUCGUCUCAUCGACAACAAGUGCUCCUCGGCCGACCUCCCUCACUCUGACUACCUUGAUAUGCACAACACCGCCCGCGCCGCUGUGGGGGCCGUGCCUCUCGUGUGGGACGAUGCAUUGGCAUCGCACGCCCUGGCAUGGGUGACAGCGCUGACCAACAGCACGUACAACUGCGGGCUCACGCACGGCGGCAACAGCGGCGAGGGGCAGAACCUCUCAGGCGCCAGCCCCUCCGGCUGGGCCUCAAACGCAGCAGCGGCCAGCUGGUGGGUGAACGAGGGGCAGUGGUACUCCCUCGCUGUCUUCCCCGACGGCUGUGAGGGCGGCAACUGGUGCAAGUGCGGGCACUACACGCAGGUCGUGUGGAAUAACUCGAGGAAGCUGGGGUGUGCCAAGGCGUCGUGCGGCACGGGGGCGGACGUGUGGGCGUGCCACUACUACCCGCCGGGGAACUACCUCGGCCAGCUGCCCUACGUGCAAGACCCAUGCACGCGAGUGCUGUGCCCCUCCACCUCCACGUGCACUGUGGAGGGUGGCAAGCCCGUGUGUGUGUGCCCUGCCGGCCAGGUGCUCGUCAACAACGCCCAGUGCCAACCAGACCCCUGCAAGGGAGUGAGCUGUCCAGCGGGCGACCUGGUGUGUGACGGCACCACCGGCACAGCGCAGUGCGUCUGUCCCAAGGGGCUGCUGCUCGUUGCCCCCAACACAUGCCUCGCACCAUCAUGUGUGGGAGUCGAGUGUCCCUCCACGUCUCGCUGCAAAGCCACCAGUGGUGGCAUCCCCUUCUGUGCCUGCCCUGCCUCCUACUCCCUUGUCAACGGCACCUGCACUCAAGCCGCCCCUGCCACAGUGACAACAAGUGUGGUGCUCUACAACGCGCCGUCCUUCACCAACUCACCCGCCUCCCUCGCGCCCACCGUCCUCCGAGUCAACACACCCGGCGCCUCGGGAGCAGCAGGCUGUGCCAACAUCCCGGCGUCGCUCGCAGGGGCCGUGGGGUCACUGCAGAUUCUCUGGGACGUGCCGGACGGGGCGGUGGGGGGAGUGAGGCAGGUGUGCCGCCUGAUGUGGUUCUGGAACGGGGCUAACUGCUAUGGCCAUGCCACCGGGUGGGGACGGCCCGGCAGCAACGUCACCACUGCUUCGACCACGAGUGGCGAUGUUGCAGCAUUGAGAGCUAUCAGCUGUUCGGCUUGA